AUGGCUAAACCCCAAAACAAGGGUAUUGGUAUGGGUGAAUUGAUCAUCGAGGGAAAAACCAAACUUGUAUACGAUCUACCCGGCACAGACAAUGUGUUGAUGGUAAGUAAAGACAGGAUAACUGCUUGGAAUGGCGCCAAGGGCGAUGAAAUGCAAGGUAAAGCGGCCAUAUCUACUGAAACAACGACAGCUAUAUUUAAAGUUUUACAAGAUUUAGGAAUAAAUACGGCAUAUGUUUCAAAAAACGGUUUAUCUGAUAAUACAUUUAUUAGCAAAAAAUGUAGUAUGAUUCCGAUUGAAUGGGUAUCUCGUCGAAUUGCUACAGGAUCUUUUCUGAAACGUAAUCCAGGAGUCAAAGAAGGUUAUAGAUUUACUCCACCUUUAGUGGAGACCUUUUUCAAGGAUGAUAAAAAUGAUGAUCCUCAGUGGUCUGAACAACAGUUGCUAUCCGUAGAGUUUAACAUUGGAAAUUUAACAAUUGGAAACGCCGAGUAUGAGAUAAUGAGAAAAACUACUAUCUGUGUGUUUGAAGUAUUGGAAAAGUUGUGGGCAUCUAAGGAUGUUGCCUUAGUAGAUAUGAAAAUAGAAUUUGGUGUUAGUUCUGAAGGUAAAAUAUUAGUAGCUGAUGUUAUUGAUAAUGAUUCAUGGAGGUUGUGGCCAAGUGGAGACAAACGAUUAAUGGUUGACAAACAAGUAUAUAGAAAUUUGAGCACUGUCACUGCUGCCGAUAUGGAAACAAUUAAAACAAAUUUUAAAUGGGUUGCUCAACAAGUUCAAAGUUUUUCUCAAAAACAAUCAAAUGGUUUGGUUGUAGUUGUCAUGGGUUCAUCUAGUGAUGAAAGUUUUGGUAAAAAGAUUGCAGAAUAUACAAAAAAUGUAAUGGGUAUCAAUACUGAAAUUAGAAUUGGGUCGGCACAUAAAAGUACUGAAUUUGUAUUGAAAAUGAUUGAUAAAUAUGAAGGUUUACGUAUUCCUGUUGUCAUAGUUGCUGUAGCUGGUCGUAGUAACGGCUUAGGUCCAGUAAUCGCUGGGUAUACUAAUUUGCCAGUUAUAAACUGUCCACCAUUAAAUGCAACCAAUAUAAAUAUGGAUAUUUGGUCUUCAUUAAAUGUUCCAUCUGGUUUGGGGUGUGUAACUGUACGAGAAGAGGAAGGAGCUGCUUUGGCUGCAUCUCGUAUUAUUGGAUUGUCCGAUCCCCUAGUUUGGUGUAAGCUCAAGACACAACAGUUGGAAAAAUAUAUUACCUUGAUAAAAAAUGAUCAAGAAAUUGUUUCAAAAAAUGUAUAA